AGGGACCCGGAGGACCGGCCCGCGCCGUGCCGUGCUUUCCAACCGUCGUUACUGUUAGAGCGCGGCGGCCUUGCUUAAGCAUCCCCUCAUCCUGCCACUCCCCCCCACAUAUCCAGUCAGAUAGAUAAUAUUUUGCAAGGCAUCUUACAAAGACAUGGAUGUAUUUGUUGAAAAAAGGGACAAUUUUUAAACAGAAAAGUAUACUAAGAAAUUUGGCUGCAUUCCAUCUCAGAACCAUAAAAUGAUAUCUGGGGAAGAAGAUCAGAUUCAUUAUUAGUUGAAACUAUCGUCCAUGACUGGAAGCUUCUCUCUUUCAACACCAUCAGAAGAUUAAGAUAUAUCUCGGUCGGAAAUUUCCCUGUUGAGAGUUUCCGACAGAUGUUUGAUACAGGAUGAUAUUAACCAAUGACAAAUGCUGCUUGGGAGACGGCAAACUCCUGUGAAACUGAGCAGGGGACCUAGUGGUGAACUUCACUGUCCUUCCGUUGUAGUCAGUUGUUUAUCCUGCUAGACCCAUAAUCUUGUAUUUAAGGACACUGUGUGCAAAAGCUGCUGCUUCUAAGGAUGGAAGAAAAAAAUGGUGAUGCGAGGGCUUUUUGGAAGGAGCUUGAAGAUGGUGGAAAAGUGGACUUGAUAUUUGAGCAUGUACAAAGCAUACUACAGUCUCUGAAACAAAAGAUCAAAGAUGGAUCUGCCACAAAUCAAGAAUAUACCCAAGCAAUGAUCCUGGUGAAUGAAGCCAAGAGUAACAGUUUACUACGGAUAAAGGAUGGAGCACUAGAAAGGGAUGAAGAACACAAAAGUGAAGAAACAGCAGCUCCUAUAUUUAAUGAAGAAUCUGGCCCCCAGAUGCCUUCACCUUUAACCACAGAGGAUAAAGCAAAGUCAGCUGCAGUACCUGAAGUUUGCACUUCUGAAGAGAAAAAAUCCCCUUUGUAUUUGCCUUAUCAGAGUCAUAACUGCCAUAAAUGUCUUACUAAAAGACCACUGAUCUCCUUCAAAGGGGAAAACCCACUUAAAAUACCCAUCCUAUCUAACUUCCAGAGGCGACAUGCAAAGACUAGCUCUCAUUCAGCAAUACUUCACGUGAUUUACAAAACCCCUUGUCGGAGGAGUCUGCGAAACUUUCAGGAAGUCCAGCGUUACCUGCAUGAGAUCGACUGCAAUUUUCUAAGUAUAGAUCAGUUUUCUUUCAACACCUAUGUCCAACUGAAUAGGACUAUCCUCAACCCAGAUGCAAUCGUUUCUGACUUUGAUGUCAGCAAGGGAGCUGAACCCGUGCCCAUUUCCUUCUGUAAUGAAAUUGACAGCAGAAGGUUACCUCAUUUCAAGUACAGAAAGAGCACGUGGCCACGCGGCUAUUAUCUAAACAACUUCUCUGGUGCGUUUACUGACUCUUGCGAUUGCUCAGAAGGCUGCACUGACAUAUUGAAGUGUGCUUGCCUGCAGCUGACAGCAAGAGGCUGCCCUGAAGGGUAUCCUUUUUCAAAUAAUGUACAGCCUCCUGGGUAUCGAUAUAAACGACUGCAUAGACCUGUGCCCACUGGCGUGUUCGAAUGCAGUCUGCUGUGCAAAUGCAGCCGCAGGACCUGUCAGAACAGAGUUGUGCAGCAUGGCCUUCAGGUGCGGCUGCAGGUGUUCAAUGCGGAGAAGAAAGGCUGGGGCGUCCGCUGCCUAGAUGACAUUGACAAGGGAACAUUUAUCUGCACUUAUUCAGGCAGGUUACUAAGCAGAGUGCGUCUGGAGAAAAGCAGUUGUGUCCAUCAGGAUGAUUCUUUGAAAAGUAACAGCUCCAUUCCACUUUCAAAGCAAAGGAAAGUAGAAGUUCCCUGUUCAGAUUCUGAGGGGAAGUUUGUCAAAACUAGAAAUAUAAUCUCCGGCAACACUGAGAAUCAGGAGUGCCUCCUCCCAACCAAUGGUGACACAGAAGACCGUGUGAAGGAUCUGAAGUAUGGACAUAGUCCAAGGAAUCUAAGUCAUCCAGUCAUUAGAAGGCCUCAGUCGAAAACAGCUGUUCUUCAGUGUCGCAGAAAAAGACUGGGACUUGCAGUCCUGGAGUUUAGUGUGAGCUCAGAAGAAGAAGAAGAAGGAGGAGGAGGAGUUGGUGGAACUCAUUCUAUCAAAAUUAAACUAAGCCCCAGUACAGAGAAAACAGAACCAACCUCUGAUUGUGUGGAAGGUUCUAAAGAUGACCUGCUGAGCAAAUCGAAUGUGGAGGAUACCUCCAGCCCGAAAGAGGAGACUCCAGUGGAGAACGUAUGUGAACAAGUGACUGAAAUCGUUGUGGACCAAGAGGACCAAGAUGAAAAAAACUUGGAGAGUCCAAAUCCAGAGGCCCUUUGUAGUGAAAAAUUUCCAUCUGAAACCCAGGUGGAUUUUUUGAAGACAUUCAAUAAAGACGGCAUUUAUUUAUUGGAUGCCACAAAAGAAGGGAAUAUAGGGCGUUUUCUUAACCAUAGCUGUUGCCCCAAUCUCUUUGUGCAGAAUGUUUUUGUGGAGACACACGAUAGAAAUUUCCCGUGGGUGGCAUUUUUCACAAACAGACAUGUGAAGGCUGGAACCGAAUUAACUUGGGAUUAUGGUUAUGAAGCCGGAAGCACUCCAGAGAGAGAGGUCCCAUGUCUCUGUGGAUUUCAGAAAUGUAGGAAAAGAAUAUUAUAAGUGUUUGAUGCAGAAAGUAAAUUCCUAGAAUUGAACUGCAUGUGGAGAGCACUGUCAAAUGAAUUUCCCAUCUACACCGAGCACUCACCCCGGGGACAAUUGCACUCAAACAGCUCACUCCUGAUCAGUCAGUGUGAAGGACUGUUUUUGAGCACGUGGGCAAGUAUAACAGAAUCAAGUCACAUUCCCUGGCCUCAAGAAACUUACCAGUCAAAUGAGGGAGAUGGAAGAAGAUCAAGGCUUUAGCGGGAAGUAGUACAAGUAUAUCAGAAAGGAAUAGCUGAAUAAAUCAAAUUUAUUAAAAGUGUUACUGAUCCCUUGAAGCCAGGCAGCAAUGUGGCCGGAGACAAGAGAGGCACAGAGGAUCAAGGUUCAGUUGACAUGACCCUCAUUUAAUUCCCCACUGUCCCCUGCAAGAGGGGCUCCACGCCUAGGCCUUGCUCUGCGAGUAAAGACCCUAACCAUUUUGCAAGCUACCUUUUUAUACACAGACUUGACUUUCGGUCCUCCCUUUCUUACCCCUAGCUGGGUGCAGUCAACAUGCCCAGGGCCUCCCCCUCAACAGGUUCAAGACUGUAAACUACUUAUAGGCAGGGAAUGUGCCUACCAACUCUGUUGUACUGUGCUCUUCCAAGUUCUUUGGUACAGUGCUGUGCACACACUAAGUGCUCAAUAAAUACUAUUGAUUCU